AUGGGAAGUUGGGCAUUCAGGUAUAGCGAUCACAACGAGACUGAGGACAUCUACUCCAAGAGCAGCGUUCAUGAGCCUGAAUAUCAGAAAAUAGUCAUCUAUUCUUUAAUCAUUUUAAUCUGUAUUCCAGGAAUUAUUGGAAAUGGCAUUGUCAUCCGACUUUUGAGAUGCACAAUUAGGAGAAAUUCUUUCACUGUUUACAUCCUCAAUUUAGCCAUAGCUGACAGUGGGACCCUCAUAUUCCUAUUUCUGACAGAAAUUCUGUACCUGGCUAAGAGAUUAUUCCCCCUAAUAAUAACAGAAUGUUUCAUAUGCACUUAUUGCACUGGUCAAAUUCUUUUGACAAUCAUCAGCAUCGACCGGUGUUUGGCUCUCUUCUUCCCAAUUUGGUAUCGAUGCCAUCAGCCUCCUUACUUGUCCCUCAUACUUUGUGCCUUCUCAUGGCUAGUCUCUUUGCUCCUCUGUACAAUUCAUUUUGCUCUGUUUGAUGCAAGACUGACUAAAAUCUUCCCUUCGUUCUAUCACAUUCUCAUAUGUACCUCUAUUUGCAUCCCACUCAUGGUGGUCUCCAGCCUAGCCCUCUUCAUCAAAGGCUACCUUAAGUCACACAUGCAGAAGCGAGGAAGGCUUCUCAAAGUCAUUUUGCUGGCCCUGUUUUUCUUCCUCAUCUUUUCUAUUCCGCCAAGUGCCAUUUAUCUCAAUGAGACUCUUUUCAAGCACAGGUAUGGCAAUUUAAUCACAUAUGGCUACCUAUGUGCCUGUCUAAACAGCAGUGUUAACCCGCUGAUCUAUUUUCUACUGGGGAGAAAGAUGGAACAUCCUUCUAGAUGCAACCUAAACAUUAUCCUCCAGAGAGUUUUCAAGGAGGAAGAAGAAGAGAAUGGAAACCAGCUAGAGGUCCAGGUUGAUAACCAGUGAUGAUGUACUCACGAGAGUGAUAAAAAAAUAUAUAUCAUAUUUCUAUACCGCCUUGCCAGGAACAUGAUAAUUAAUUCAGAGAAACCUCCUCUGGCAAAUCCAGUAUUGCCAAAAAUGUAAUGCCAAGGAGAUUAGGAAAUGAGUCUGUCAU